AUGCACCAUUUCAGGAAGAACAUAUACCUUAUCAAUGGUGAUGAUGAUGAACAACCUGCUGAAGAAGAUGAUGAACUUGCUGGUUUAGAAGAGAACUUCGAUGAGGAUUGUGAAAUCGAGCAAACUGAUGAUGAUGAUGAUGAUGAUGAAGAAGUUAAACAGGGAAACCAAAUGGCUAGAAAGCCAAACAAAAGAAGAAACCGUUUGGUAAAACCAGCCACAUAA